GGAAAGGGAAGUGGUGUCUUCUACCACUAAGAUCCAGUUGCUCCUCGACUCAACUGCAGCUCUUUCCAUCAACAAGAUCUCAUGAUUGGAAAACUCUGAAGCUGCUCUAUACUACCUGGUACUCAGACCCGGAGCCAUGUCUCACACAAUGGAGGCACCAAUCCAAUCAUCCUUUCCUUUACCACGGUCAUUGGACACACGAGUCUUCCUCCGCUUGACCGUCAAACCCAAAGCUAUUGUUCUCUUCCUCACAACAGCGUCCAUGGAAGAAGCAGGCUCGCCCUCGCCGUUGGGUUCAUUCGUCUAUGCGUUGCCUGAUAGAUACAAACCAAGCCAGCCAUUGUCGACGCCGCUUUGCACGGUUGAGCCGACAAUCGAGUUCACGACGCGGCUGGCCAAGUUGCUGGCAAGAAAGACGCAGCGCCCGACCUACGUGGGCAACUCGAUCAGCCUGGCAAGCACUGGCUUGGGCGGCACUGUAGAGGAGGAGAUGGAGGCAUUCCAAAAGGUUGUCGAGGUCACCUUGUCCCAACUGCAACCCCUCAUCGGAUCCGCCCAAUCUCCCUCUGAUGGGGUCCGGCCGGAAUAGUUGCCAUGCGGAAGUUUCUGAAUCGAGGCAGCAACCAACACUAGUACAGAACUGCUUCAAGACGAAGCGGGGAUGUGGCUACGCCCUUGCAACUUCGUCUUCAUGACGGCCACCACAAUCACCGCUGAUACUUGUCUGGCUGCAAGUCGGCCCCCGGCCACCUCAAAGGUCCGAGGACGGUGUUUUCAACAAAUGGGUUGCCGUGAUAGAGGUGCUCGGUAACCCGUUGGC